UUCCGAAGCUGAACAAAAUCUUCGUAAAUUGGAUGUCAAAAACAUCAAAAUCUUUGAAUGGCACCAUUUGAUAGUGUGUUCAGACUUUUUCGAAACAUUUCCAAUCCCUUGCUUACCAUUACGGACGUAUUUUGACCAUUUCUAUUUUCCAUGCAAAUCUAGUGGGCUAUGUGCGGAUCAACCUUGAAAAUGGCCGUCGUUGUUGUUUGAGUUGUUUUGACGUUUUCUGCUUCUACCAGGACGAACCGGCUUCGUUCUAAUCCUCAGCCUGGAUCCAAUUCUAGAGUCUUUGGUGAAACUUUAUAAGUGCUUCUCAUUUUCGAGAAUAAUGACGGAAUAUAAGUUAGUGGUGGUUGGGGCGGGAGGCGUAGGCAAGAGUGCCCUCACCAUCCAACUCAUCCAAAAUCAUUUUGUGGAUGAGUAUGACCCAACUAUUGAAGAUUCGUAUCGAAAGCAAGUUGUCAUCGAUGGCGAGACGUGUCUACUGGAUAUCCUUGACACAGCCGGUCAAGAAGAAUAUAGUGCUAUGAGAGAUCAGUAUAUGCGUACAGGUGAAGGCUUUUUGCUGGUGUUUGCAGUGAAUAGUGCUAAAUCCUUUGAAGAUAUUGGCACUUACAGGGAGCAAAUACAACGUGUAAAAGAUGCAGAGGAGGUACCAAUGGUUCUGGUUGGAAACAAGUGUGACCUGCAAUCUUGGAAUGUAGACAUGGAAGAAGCUCGGGAUAUUGCUAAAACGUACAAUAUUCCGUUUGUUGAGACCUCUGCAAAAACUCGUAUGGGUGUUGAUGAUGCUUUCUAUACACUGGUACGGGAAAUCAGAAAGGAUAAAGAACAAAGAGGCAAAGAGAAGCGUAAGCGGUUGAGAGGUGUUACAAGGCGCAAGAAGUGUGUUAUUUUGUGAGAUGUUUAAGUGUCAGAAACAGCAUGCUUCCACUGAAAUUUCCAUCAUGAUUGUAGUACAUUUAAUCAAACUUUCUGAAAAGAUAUUUUAGGUUUUCUGUUUUGCUCAUUAGUAUGAUUGAUGAUUUGACUGCAGUCUUGGUUGUAUUUCAGUGUGUUCUUCAUAGUAUGUUCUUUCCCUGAUGUGGUUUAUGUUGUGAUAUGCACCCUACUUCAUUCUGUCAUUCUUUCUACUGUUUGUUACUGCAAUAAUACUGUAUUCGAUUGUACUCACUAUACUGUCAUUAGCCUUUCAUACUUACAGAGUUGUUUAUAUUCUGACAUUUUCCUGUACUUUUAAUGAAUUACUAACCUUUGCAAUUAUUCAUCUAGAAUUGAUGCAAUAAUUCAGUUCUACCAGAAUGUAUGUAUUCAUUUUUUAAAGGAAGGUGUCAAUGUUUUAUUUCUGAGUUCUCAUGCUGCUCAUUGCUUGUAUUUGUUCAUUUGCUUCUGUCCAUUUUGAGCCCUACUGUACUGUGUUGCUUUCAAUUACUUCCUAUAUUUUUUUAAGACUUUGUCAAUAUUCCAAUGUCAAAUAGAACCAUUAAAGAAACACACCCCAUCUUGUAAUUUAAGGGCUUAUAUUUGGAUUAACAUUUCUUUUGAUAUGUGAUAUUUCAUGGUUUGGUUGUGGAACAUAGCACAAAUGCCACAUUACAAAUAACUAUGUGUUAAACAAUUUAGUUACUUUUAGAAUUAAAGCCAAUUCAUAUCUCAUUAUUAUUUAUACUUUUGUUAUGGCUGAUCUGUUGGAAGACUUUCAUUUUUCUUUCACAUUUUUUUUAUCCUUGCUAAUUGCUCUUCUUGGACCAAAUCAUUCUGUUCUCACUGUGCCAAACAUUCUGUUAAACUGUAAAGCUUCUCAGCUAACUUCAAGAUAAUUGAAAAAUAAAUGAAAGGGCGACUCUUACUACAAUUUAAUGGUGUUUACAUUUUGUAUCGAGUUAAACUCUUGACACUUCAGAAGAAACUUAAAUUUUGAAAGAUCAGUGGUUAAAGUCAAGCUGGUUUAUAAGUCAACUUUGGAUUGAUCUCUUCAUGUACUAUGCAUUUCUGUAUCUGAAACGAUCAUCCUUCUCUUUGCCUGAAGUUUCUUCCAGCAGAGCCACCAAACCUUAAAAAUAUUCCUAUGUUUAGCUUUGUGAUGGUUGAAAGAGCAUUAAGUCUCCCUUUAAAUGACGGUUGUUUGGAAAAUAAAACAUGAAUCUAGUGGUUUUACUUUGCAUGUUUAAGAAAAGCAAGGACGAAUAUUUGCCAGUUACAAUUAUUUCUUCCUGUGUGAUUUGUUCUUCCCUGCAUCCCUCCGUGUUGGAAGUUACUGAUUUAACUUUAUUCGUCUAAGUCAUUCGUAAAUAUUAAUCAGGAAGUUUGUAUGAACUCAAUAUUUACAGAUCUCACAUGUCAUGGACUAUCCAUUUUGUAUUUGACAUUGCUCUCACUGUGCUCUUCUGAUUUCUUUUGCUCAAAUAUGACUUUAUUUUAAUUGAUUUAUUCUAGUUUUGAGUGUUUGAUUCAAUAAAUAUCAUUAUGUUACCUUGAUCUUCACUUUGUUGAUGUAUUAUUGAAAAAUGUGAACGAUUGCUUCUUUCUAAUAGGUAGGAAGUAGGUAUAUUGUUGCCACAGACUUUUAUUUAAUAUUAGUGGAAGUUGAUCUCUUCUCACACUUUGUAGCAAGUAGGUUUACACCCCUCCCCCUUUUUUUGUUUUUGUUAUUUGUAAAGUGUUCUUUACACAUUAUAUUAUAAUGAUACUACAUUAUGAUCAAGUUUCCUUUGAGUCUCAAAUCUCAUGUCUCUUGAUAUGUAGAAAAGUAUCAAGUUGUUUUUCUCUUUAUCUCUUUUCUAUUUUGAGAAAUUCUAUUCUCUCUUUUUAAAAUGACAAAUUUUGUUGAUGGAUUUAAACCCUUUCAAAAAAACAAAAACAAAAAAAAAAAAACACCUUUUUAACAAUUUCUUACCUGAUGAAGAGAAAGUUAAUGAUGAUGUUCAAUUCUGUAGCAUCUUCGUUGAGACUGACUGAGCCAUAUUUGAUGCAGUUCUAAUUUCUCUGGGAAGCAAUGGAUUUACUUGUAACAAACACAUACCAAGAUGAGUUGACUUUGGCUGUGCUAUUUGUCUCUUCUCUUUUUUCCCUUUCUUCUUCCUUGUUUUUCAUAGUCUUAUCAAUAGGAGUGGUCUAAGUACCUGUUGGUCAUGUGGAACUGUCUUCUGAAUUUCAUUAUACUUAGUGAUUAACUUAUUUCCAAGAUUUCAUUUUGACAAAAAUGGAGAAGGAAGAGUCAAAGUUUUGUUUGUUUUGUUCUUGCAGUAAGUGAUGAGAGUAGGUUUCCAUCAUUACACAUGUAAUCGAAGAAUAAGUGAGUUGUGUGUAUUUUUGUAUGUGUAUCUGGCCUUCACUGUGGCUGCAUAUUUUUUUGAAGGAAUUGUGAAGAAUGAAAGGAGACUGCCCAAUUUGUGAUAGCAACAAAAUGGAGGGAAGAAUAUUGACAGAUUUCUACCUUGUUUGUUUCCUUUUUAUUUUGGUUGCUCUCAUAGUUACAAAAUGCAAAUGAAUACAUCUAAAACUCAUAAAUUUCAAGGAAUCAAAUUAUUUCCUCCUUGUAGCUUAUUUUGCAUGUGCCAUAUAACUGACUGCCUUGUGUUCAAAGCAAGGUCUUAAUAUAACUUGUAAUUUGCAUCACACAUUGGUGUACUGUGUCGUUUUCUGUAGGCUCUCAAUGUUAAAUUUUGAUAUGUAUGUAUAAUUACUUUGCCUGUGCAGAGUCUUGUUUUUUUGAAUUCAUGAUUUGAUGCGGGCUGCAUCUACAUCAUUUCUUUCUGGGUCCUGAUUAAGUGCAUGUAGACCUCUUCAAAAUUAACUAUUUAAAAAAUUAACUUGAAAAUUUACUUGAAAAUUAACUUAAGUAACCCCUCAAUAUUAUAUAUAGUCAUUUAUUCUUUAAAAAAGAUUUUCCAUGAUUUAUUGCAUGUUUAUAACUUAUUUUAUGCACACAUUAUAACAUGAAGUUAUCUUACUGCUUUCUGAAUUAGUUUGAAAUACUCGUUGUGGACGGCAAGACUUUUGUUGGACAUUCUGAUUUUUUUUUUUAAGUGCACAUGGGCAUAAAAAUAUAUCAGCAGCUUACCUGCUGUUUCCUCCUACGCUUAGCCCAUUUAUAUUGUUGCCUUUAAGGUCAUCUGUUUCAAAAGAUUUAUUUUAGGCUUUGUGUAAGAGUUGCGACAAACAAGCAAACAGAACAUCUGUUUCUAUGAGUCAUACAAUUUGUAUGAUGCACAAUUAUACCUUGAUUAUUUAAGAUAUUAGUGUGAAUUCUGUUUUUCAUUAGCUUUGUGUACUUCAUUUUGACUGAUUGCCAUGAUUGUGUUGUGGCUCUGUAAUUAAUUUAGUGCAAUCUUCAUGUAGAAAACAGUGUGAAUAUAUACCAGUAGAGUUUUGUCCAAUUCUUUUUCAGAUGUCAUACAAAAGAUGUAAGAAUAAAAUAAAAAAAAAAUACCUGUGA